GAACAAUGCAAGGUGAGAUGUACAGGUGAGGCCGGUAUGAGGCGCCCUGAGUGAGUAGCAGAUCCGGUCUCACAUAUAACGUUUUGGCUUUCACACGAAGAUGCCCUUCCACCUCGGAAAAUUAUAAAAGACACAUGUGAAGCUUAAUUGAUGCGAACCCGCUACCAACGACGACAAGUUCUUUUCACCUUUUAUCUCAGCUCAGAAAUGAAGGUUUGGAAAUGAGAUUUAGCUGAAGGAUAAGUAAUUUAUGUUCGACUCUCGGGCUUUUUAAGGUUGCAGGCUUGCAGCAACAACAUUAGGGGUAUUUUUUUUUCUCAUCAAACGCCCUGAAUUUUUCGUUCCAUCAACUUGCUUGAAGGGAGACUGCUAUCUCAAGGGAGGCAUACGUUGGAAGAAAUGAAACAAGAGAUUUCAAAAACAACGACAUCAACAACUGAAGGCAAGCCCAGCUCCUCACAAUCCACAACUCCAUCCCGCCUCAGGACCUCUUCGAAAGCCAAGAGUUCCCCAAGAUCAGAUGCUCGUAAUGGGGUCUCACCUAGCCUGAGACCAAGGCCUAAAUCGGUUCCCCUGGACCCAAAUAACAACGGACAAAAGGUCAGAAGACCUCUUGGCUUCAACAGGCCAAAAUCUAACGAGGAUGCUGGAGGACCCCAAAAGGGUGGAGAGUUGGAUGAUGUCAAAAUUGCGGUUCCCUCUGUAAACCGUCCUCUUGCUGAGCAUUUGACCAGGUCGCGCCGACGUGUUGAUCCCAGCUGCAAGAGGAACGAGGAUGACCCAGAUGGGAAGAGAAAGGAAUUGCAGGAUAAGCUCCUUGCUAGCGAGAAUUUGGUCAAGGAUUUGCAAUCUGAGAUGUCGGCCUUGAAGAGCCAGUUGGAGAAGUUGCAGACCUUGAAUGUAGAGCUGGAGUCACAGAACAGACAGUUCGCUGAGGACCUUGCCGCUGCUGAAGCCAAGAUUUCAGCUCUUGCAACCCGCAACAAGAAGGAAUCUAUUGAAGAAAAGUUCCAGAGCCCCAAAUUUAAAGAUGUUCAGAAGUUCAUUGCCAACAAGCUGGAACAUAGUAGAUCAACAGAGGCCAUCAAGGAUGGAAGCACUGUUAAGUCGCCAUCUAUAAUACCAUCACGUCCUGUAAUGAAAGCUUUAGACGCACAACAAAAAGUGUUGGUGAAUUCUGUCCCCUUGCCUCCACCUCCAUCCCUACAACAAAAAGUUCUACUGAACUCUAUCCCUCCUCCACCCCCACCCCCACCCCCACCUCGUGCACCAUCAAGAUCAAGUAACCCACAAAAAGCUUCAUCACUUGUGGAAUUCUAUCAUUCAUUAACAAAGCAUGAGGGGAAGAAGGAUACUUCAGGACCUGGGCGUUGCAGUAAUCCCAUGGUCAAUAAUGCACAUAACAGCAUAGUUGGAGAAAUUCAAAAUCGUUCAGCUCAUUUGUUAGCUAUAAAAGCAGAUGUGGAAACAAAAGGAGAGUUUAUCAAAUCUCUUAUUCAGAAAGUUCAGGAGGCUUCAUAUACGGAUAUAGGGGAUGUCCUAAAAUUUGUGGAUUGGCUCGAUGGUGAACUCUCUUCAUUGGCUGAUGAGAGGGCUGUGCUAAAGCACUUCAAUUGGCCUGAAAGGAAAGCUGAUGCCAUGCGUGAAGCUGCUGUUGAAUAUCGAGAUCUUAAAAGAUUAGAAAGUGAACUUUCUUCCUAUAAUGAUGACAACAGCAUGCCUUGUGAUACUGCCUUGAAGAAGAUGGGUAGCUUGUUGGAUAAGUCUGAGCGGAGCAUUCAGAGGCUGGUUAAGCUGAGGGAUGCAGUUAUACUCUCUUACCGGGAUUGUAAAGUCCCAACUGAUUGGAUGCUUGACACAGGAAUGAUUAGUAAGAUAAAGCAGGCCUCUAUGAAACUGACCAAAAUGUACAUGAAAAGAGUGUCACUGGAACUUGAAUCAAUCCGGAAUUCAGAGAGGGAAUCUACACAGGAAGCUCUUCUGCUUCAGGGUGUGCGUUUUGCUUAUAGGGCCCACCAGUUUGCCGGAGGGCUUGAUUCAGAGACGAUGUGCGCUUUUGAAGAGAUAAGGCAACGUGUUCCAACACAUUUGGGAGGGUCUCGAGAAUUGCUGGCAGGCAUAGCAUCAUCAUAGAAGACAAUGGGGACCAUGGAAAGUAGAAUCAGAAGUAGGAGCAAGUGAAACUUUGUCCUAUGCAUGGUUAAUCUACGUAUAAACAGGAGGUCGAAAGAUGCAAACCGUAGUAAAAAGAUAAGAUCAAUCAAUAGAAAGCUUUGUUUUUUUUUUUCUUCCUUUUCCUUCUAUUUAUUCAUAGUAAAUCACACACUAUAUCAUAUAGCAACACGAUGUAGUUAGUACAUUGUUGCUCAUUAGCUCUUGUACUUCGAUGCACCUGCAAGUAGGUCAGUGGAAAAGAACUAAUAUCAAUAGAGGAGAAAGACAUUUUGACCAACCAUGGAACUCCAGCCAUGAUAUUGGAUAUAGAUUGUGAAUUCUAACAUUUUUUUUUGUGUGUUUGGAUAAUGAUAUAUACGAGGGCAAAUGGUCUAA